AUGUCUGGCGAUGAACAGUCAAAUAACGACGAAGAAGACGAAUUGGAUGAAGAAUUGAAGAUUCUGAAGGAAACAGUGUUUGAUCUCAUUCGAGGUAUCAAGGAUCCAGAAAAAAUUGAAACAUUGGAAGAAUUGAAUGUUGUGACUGAAGAAGGAGUGCAAGUAAAAAGAUUUAACAAUGACUGCUUUUUAAUAACAAUUGAAUUUAUUCCGACUGUUCCCCACUGUACAUUAGCUUCUUUGAUUGGUCUGUGUGUUAGGAACAAACUCCAGCGGGAUUUACCUGAAAGAUACAAACUGGAUAUUUAUGUCAAAGAAGGAACUCAUAAUAUUGAAAAAGAUAUCAAUCGACAGAUCAAUGAUAAAGAACGAAUUGCAGCUGCAAUGGAAAAUCCUAACCUACGAGAACUUCUUACUUAUAUCUAUCUAUCUAUCUAUCUAUCUAUCUAUCUAUGUCUGAUCAUAUAUGAUUCCUUCUCCAAAUUAUCUAUCUACCUAUCUAUCUAUCUAUCUAUCUAUCUAUCUUAG